CUCGUCAUCCAUUCGUAAUUCGAUGCUCUUGAUAGAACUUACUCUUUCUCACUGAUACUUCAAGCAGCGUCAAUUGGCAAGAGAAAAGAAAGAUACCCAGGCAGUGUAGUAACAUACCUACCUAUCUGCCUAUAUUAUUGAAGGGACAUUCCUGCAUCUCCCUUCCUCCUAGAGUACAUAUACAGUGUCUUAUCGAUAAAGACGUGGCUAAAAUAUGGGGAAAUGUGUGUGGCUUGAGCGUUGCCUACCGCGGCGAACCUUGAGCCUUGGCAAAAAAACCCACCGAACUGCGUCAUUCGUCAGAGAGAGGCGUUUAAACUUCGCCCCACCAAGAAAUGCCCGGCUGCCGACUGGGCCAGAACACCGAACCGCAACUCUAUUCCGCAUCUUUCCUAACGACGACGACCUUUGCAACGAUUUCCCUAUUAUCCGGCUAAUUGAACGCAUAUUCGAUCGAGUCCACCAUCGGCCCUCCGUCCAUCGAGCCAUCCUCCGGCUCAUUAUCAUUAAUCCGCGGACCUCACGCUUAUCGCCCCAAUCCGACAAGAUGUCGAACCGACAAAUGGCCCGCGACAUGCAAGUCGAAUUCCAGGCUCGCUUCCAAGCCAAGCAAGCCCGCCGCGAGGCCCAGAAAGCCGCGAAGCAGGACCCGCUCCUGAAGAAGCAGAUCCAGGAACUGCUGAAGAAGGGUGACACGGCGAAGGCGUACCAGAAGGCCAAGGUGCUGCUCUCGAAGCAGGCCCUCGCCCAGCAGAUGGACCAGAUGGCCGACAUGGCCGAGCUCAGCGUGUCGCAGAUCCAGGCGAACAACGCGAUGAACCGCAUGACGCACAUGAUGAGCCAGUCCUCGCGCACCAUGACCGCCGCCCAGCGGAACAUGAACCCCGAGCGCACCCUCCUAACCCUCGAGCAAUUCAAACAACAAAACGAGGAAUACGCCGUCAACAACGGCAUCUACCAAGACGCCAUCUCGCAGACGACGAGCCAGCAGGUGUCGGAAGAGGCCGUGCACGAGCUCCUCGGCAAGCUCGCCGACGACGCCGGCGUCCAGCUCAACUCCCAGCUCAACGCCGCCCAGCCCAGCAAGGCCGAGCCCGCCGCGCUGCCCGCCGCCGCGGAGCCCACCGCCGAGGAGGAGGACGCGCUGCAGCAGAGGCUGAGGGCUCUUAGGGCUUAGAAGGCUGGGGCUCGCGGCGGUGGCGGCGGCAGUGGUGGUGGGGAUGGUAGUGGCGAGGGGGGAGAUGGGAAUGGUGGGGACGAGGAUGACAGAGUCGCGCAGCCGGCGAUGUGAGUAAAGCACAUACGCGUGGCAGACGUAGAGGGCGCGAAGUUGACAUGGGGUUGGCUCAGCACGGCAGAACUUUGAUUACCUAGCAUUAUCACGACAUAAGGGACGGGGCUGGCGUUCCGGAUUUUCAUAACAUAUUUAUCUUGGGGCGAAUAGCACCGCUUAUUAGUUUGCGGGGACUAGAGAUGGAUGUCAUGUUCUUCGCUCUUUGACGAGCGAGGUUAAAGGGACUCGUGGGUUGGGUUGAAGUUAUAGACAAUGUUCAAUUCCUGCGUGUUGCCUACCUACAUACCACAUUGCUGAGUAUCCUCGUUAUCAUAUGUUCGCAUGGUUUCACGUUGAUGUAUGAUUGAAUUGACCAUAAGGGUGGUAAUAUCAUCGUAUUAUUUUUUAUGAACCCUCCCGCCUUUCCCUUGUCCUCCUCACUCAACAUUCCUGUCCGCCAAAGCUGCGCACGUCCUCGAAGAAGUUGCGGAAACGUCAC